GUGUAGUUUAUAUUUUUUGAAUGGGUCCUUGCAAACUAGUCUUGCACUUGCAGUCUUGUUCGGGAGCUGCAAGAUGUUGACUACGUUCAAAAAGAAAAGAAAAAGAAAAUGUUGGUUGGCCAUUAAUUAUUGGCCAAGUUGAGAAAAUCAGGUACUGGUAAAUAUGAGUCAAAUGUUCAUUUCUUUCAGAUCACGCUCAAGAUGAAUAAUUAUUGGGUCCUCAAAUUCAAGGAGACAAAGUCCACUUCAUUAAAUUUUUUCAAAAAUGAAACAGCUACCCGAGAUUUCUCGGAAUAUUUAAGAAAUCUUCUCCCGUUGACGGAUUUAAAGAGUUAAUAAUUAUGCUAUUCCUCCCUGCUACUGAUCAAGACUACCAUAUGAUUAGAGGAUGCAUAGUAUAAAUCAAGACUGGCGAAGAAUGGUGGCUACUGAGUUUUACCAAGUUGGUCUUCUGCAACUUAAUCAGGUAGUUUCUAGCGUACGACUGUAAUAUACUGUCAUGGGCUUGAAUUCUCCGGGGACAUCUUCAGAGACGAAAAAAAUGUUUGUAAGAGAAGAGACCACUAACGAAGCACAAGACCGAAUAAGCCAAUUACCUGAUGCAAUUCUGUGUCACAUCCUCUCCCUUCUUCCGACUAAAUUAGCAGCACAAACUGGUAUUUUGUCUAAACGAUGGAAGAAAGUUUGGCUUUCAAUACCUGCUCUUGAAUUUCAGAUCAAUCUACGGGCAAAUUAUGUGGGUGAAUGGAGUGUCUUUGAUAGCUUUGCAAAGCCUAAAAUUGAGAGUUUUACAAAUUUUCUGGAUCGACUUUUCGCAAUUCGUGACACUUCAGGUAUUAAAAAGUUCAGAUUGGUGUGUGAUCAUCAGGUUGACUCUAGAUGCCUCAAUAAUUGGUUGUCUGCUUUGCAUAAUGUUCAAGAACUUGACCUCGAUAUGUGGGAGCUCGGGGAGUUCCCUUGGAGUCCCUUCACAAAUAACUCGCUGGAAAUCUUGAAACUGAGUUGCAAUGUUUUGCUCAACAUCCCAUCUUUUGUUUCUUUUCCACUUCUUAAGGUUCUUCAUCUUCAUUCAGUCACAUAUGUGGGCGGCGCAUCAGUUGAAAAGUUACUUUCUUCUUGCCCAGUGCUUGAGGAUUUGCAGAUAUCUAGGAGGGAGCAGGAUAACGUUAGGAAUUUUGUGAUUGCAGUCCCUUCAUUGAAAAGGUUGACUUUGGACUUCAGUACACCUGAGAUGGACUUAUAUGAUGGCGAUGAUUACGAAGAUGGUGUUGAGUACAAACUGAUAAUUACUGCACCAAAUUUGGAGUAUCUAAACCUGAUUGAUUAUAUGUCAGAUUCAAUUCAGGUCAGUUCCAUGACCAGAGUAACUGAAUCACGCCUUUCUGUUUACAAAAUCUUAACAUGUGUUCAGCGGACAGCCGAACAAACAAGUAAUUAUGAAAGCAAUGUGCGUGAAAUAUUUCGAAGCAUCCCAAAUGUCAAGCACCUAACAAUAGGCGAAUUUACCAUGAAUUCUUUGGGUGAAUCUCUUGAUAGCAGGCUGCCAGUGUUUCAGAACUUGGUCCACCUGGAGAUCAGUUUUUAUGUAGCGAACGGCGCUAUACUGCUGCCAAGUUUGCUCAAAAUCUCUCCUAAACUGGAAAGCCUUAUCUUGCCUCAGGUACAUUACAUAAGAGACUUGCACAAUUUUGAGAGAAAUAUGGGGAUUACCAGUCCAAAUGUAAUCGGGUGGUUUAACCCUGAGGAGAAUCAAGUUAAGCCUCCGCAAGACGUACCUGAAUGCCUGCUAUUUAGCCUGAAAAAUGUGGAAAUUUCGUGCAUUACUGGAAGAGUUGAGGAAGAGGUGGAGUUGUUGAUAUAUCUUCUGGGAAAUGCAAUGGUUCUAGAGAAGAUGACGAUUUGGUACGAAGAAUAUUAUGUUUCCGGUGGACCGAUGGAUACUACUAAUUAUCCAACUGCCCGUCGGGUGCAGGAUCGUUUAUCUUUCACCGACAAAUUGAUGAACUGCACUAGGGGAUCUGCUGCUUGUCAACUUGACAUACAAAUGCCUGAACUACAACUCUGAACUUGCAGCAGAAUGUUGGUAUUGUAUUGUAUAAAGCACUUGUUUCUAAUGGCUUACUUUCUUGAUUUUAAGAAUUCUCGUGUUUGGAUCAAUUUACCCUCUUAUGAUUUAGUGUUUCUCUAUAAAAACAUUCUUAGAUUUUUGCAAA